GAGGACGCCGCGAUCGGCGUCGUCUUCACCGGGCUGUUCGCGCUCGGACUGGUGCUGAUCUCGCGCACGCCCAGCGACACCGACCUGUCGCACAUCCUGUUCGGCAACCUGCUCGGCUCUCCACGGUGACGUGGUGCAGAUCGUGGUGCUCGGGCUGGUCACCGUGGCGGUGGUGCUGGCGCGGCACCGGGACUUCACGCUGGUCGCCUUCGACCGGGUGCACGCGCACGCGAUCGGGGUCGAUCCGCGCGGGUCGAGGCCCUGCUGCUGGGGCUGCUCGCGCUGGCCGUCGUGGUGGCGUUGCAGGCGGUCGGGAUCGUGCUGGUCGUCGCCGUCCUGAUCAUCCCGGCGCGACCGCGUACCUGCUGACCGACCGGAUGGAGCCGAUGCUCGCCGUCGCCGUCGCGGUGGCCCUACGUCAGCUACUACGCGAACGUCUCCACCGGCGGGUCGGUCGUGCUCAGCCUCGCCGUCGCGUUCGUGCUGGCCUACCUGUUCGGGCCCGGCACGGCGUGAUCGCCCGUACCGGACGGCGCGCAGGCCGGUCGCCGCGGACGCCUGAGCGCCCUCAGCCGUCCUCCAGCACGGUCAGCGCGCCACUGCCGGCCAGCGCCCGGUGCACCGCCCGGGUGCGUCCGCGCGGCGGAACCGGAACCGGCCCCGCCGCGACGGACCGCGACCAGUGCCUCGAUCCCCGCCGUGCCGAGAUGGUCGACCCCGGACAGGUCGAGCACGACGCUCCUCGCGGGCCACACAGCUCCUGCAGGAACACGCCGAGCGCGGCGGCCGACGUGCUGUCGACCGCGCCCAGGCAGCACACGACGAGCCGGCCGCCGGGCCGGUGGAACGCCGUCGCGCACAGCGCGUUCGUCGCCAGCCGGAAGGUGGGGACCGUGCUGGUCCCGGAGGUCUCGGGCAGGGGCAUCGUCGUCACCGUCACCGGGGUCGAAGCGGGCGGGGCGGCGGCGGGACCACAUGGCGGUGCGAUCCCGCCGCCACACCGUGCGACACCAACCACGUUGACUUGUCACGCCGACGAGAUGUCACCCACAUCGAGGCAACCGGAACGCGGGACGGGCCCCGGGCGUGUUCGCCCCGGGGCCCGUCUCGUGUCCGCUGAUGCGGAUCUCGCUCAGCUGUCAGCCGAUGCUGUCGCCGGCCCCGGAGGACUGCGCGCAGGCGUCGGACUGGUCGGUGACCGAGUCGCCGCUCUUGGCCGAGGCGCUGCCCAGGAUGCCGAGGGCACCGGUCAGGCCGUUGGCCGCCGCCGCGUCCUCGAUCGGGACCUGCACGCCCAGCACGUUGACCGGGAUGUUGUUGUUGCAGACCUGGACCGGCACGUUGACGUUGUUGCCGUUCAGGCCGGCGAUGAGGCCCUUGGCGUCCUUGUCGAUCUCGCUGCCGCCGUCCGAGGCGAACGCCAUCGGGCUCAUGGCGAGCAGGGCGCCGCCGAACCCGCAACGACGAUUCCAGCCUUCUUCAGCACAGUUUGCUCCUGA